AUGCUUUUAAUAUACAUCUUCUUGCCUAAGUCUCCUGCGUGGCUUGCAUCCACAGGCAAGACUCAGCAGGCUAAAAAGUCACUCGGAACUUUAUAUCGAGGUGUUAAAGGAUUCGACAUUGAGCAUCAAUAUAGCCUUAUUGUCCUCAACCUGGAAAAAGAGCGCGAGGUUGCAGCAGAGCAACGCAGCGAAAAAUGGUGGGCCAUCUUCAAGGGAAGAGACGGACUUCGCACGCUGAUUUCCUGCUGGACAUUGAUGACACAGCAGUUCCUCGGCCUUGGCGUGUUCUUUGGAUUCGGCACCUACUUUUGGCAACAGGCUGGCAUCCCCGACCCUUUCGUGGUCACAUGUAUAACCUCUGGCAUCAACAUUGUGGCUAGUGUUGUUGUCAUCUAUCUUGCUGAUUAUACUGGUCGUCGUGGCUUGUCCUGUUGGGGUACAACCAUCUGCUGGCUUUGCACUGUCGUCAUCGGGAUCCUAGGCGUGGUGAAACAUACAGGGGCAACAAACUAUGUAACAGUACUGUUUGCCUGUUUCUGGAAUAUCGGGCUUAUGGCCAACGCCGCUACAGGUUGGGGCUUCAUCGGCGAAAUCUCCUCGCAACACCUUCGACCUUACACGGCUGGUUUUGCGGCCGGAAGUACUGCUGCCGUCGGUACGGUGAUGGGGGUCUUGGUUCCCUACAUGACAAACGCAAAUGAAUGGAAUUGGGGCCUUAAGACCGGCUGGUUCUUUGCAGGCGUUGGAUUGCCUUUCACAAUCGUCAUGUGGUUUUUGAUCCCCGAAACGUCUGGACGCUCCGCUGCUGAGCUUGAUGAGCUUUUCGAACACAAGACUAAACCUUGGCAAUUCCAUAAGUCGACGACAGCGACCCAGCAUGUCAUCCUCGAGGCUAACUCCAAAGCCAUUCCAGCUCAACCAUAG